UAGACGAAAGUUCAAAACAUAGCGGGACUUUCCAUACUGACAAAAAAUAUCUUGUUAAAGCUCGAAUUUCGACAGAAAACACCUUGAUCCUACGAUGUCCGACUACGAGUUUGGAAUUUGCCCGUACAACGCUGACCACCGCAUCAUGCUGUUCCGGAUGCCCAAGCACAUCGUCAAGUGCGAGAAGAACUACCGCGGCCCGCCGCUGAAGAUCUGCAAGUACAACGCCACCCACCGCGUUCUCGACAUGGAGGAGCACCUCAAGGAGUGUGCCUACUACCGACGCUACGUCAACAACCAGAACGUGCAGAUAGCCCUCACCACCCGCAUUCCGCCCAUGCAGGAAGAUGGUCAUGAUGUCAGCACUCCACUCUAGAUUAGGAAUAUCCAGACACCCAGUUCGUAUGCCAUGCAUAUGACCCCACGAGAAGCUUCUUGAAGAAGCCCCUUACACCAUGUGUAAACCAUAUUUUCGUUUGAUUGCAAUCAUGUUACGAUUAAAAUACAUUUACGUUGAGAAUCUUAAAUUAGAAAAGCAAAA